AUGAACGCACAGAACGACAUCGAAACCCGCCUGGCCGAACUCCUCAAGGAAAUCAAGGACGGGGACCAAUGGCAGGUGGGCUACCCCGGCAAUCAGAACUUCGACUACUCCCCCCUCAUCCCAUUCCUCAGCCACUGCCUCAACAACAUCGGAGACCCCUUCCACCAGACCCACUACCGGGGCAACACCCACCAGUUCGAACGAGAGGUCAUACUCCACUUCGCCCAACUCACCGGACUGGAUCCCGACGACGCCUGGGGCUACGUCACAUCGGGCGGCACCGAGGGCAACAUGUACGGCCUCUACCUAGCCCGGGAACUCCAUCCCGAAGGCAUGCUGUACUUCUCCGAGGAAGCCCACUACUCCAUCCUCAAGAUUGCCCGCGUCCUCAAUAUGCCUCACACCACCGUCAAAAGACGGGCCGACGGCGAGAUCGACUAUGACGACCUCAGGGACAUGCUGACCGUCCAUCGGGGGCGGCCCGCCAUCAUCCUGGCCACCAUCGGCACCACCAUGCGGGGUGCCGUGGACGACAUCCCCGCGAUCCUACAGAUCAUUGACGAUCUGAACAUCGGAGAAAACUACAUUCACGCCGACGCAGCGCUCAGCGGCAUGAUCCUGCCCUACGUGGAUGACCCACAGCCUUUCGGGUUCGACGCCGGCAUCGACAGCAUCUCCAUCAGCGGCCACAAACUCAUCGGCGCACCCCUGCCCUGCGGUAUCGUUCUCACCCGCAAACACCUGGUCGAAACCCUGGGCAGGGCCGUAGAACUCGUCGGCGUCAACGACACCACCCUGUCCGGUUCCCGCAACGGCCUGACCCCGCUCAUGCUCUGGUACGCCAUCAACCGUUACGGCGCACACGAAUGGAGAGAAACCGUCGGCGGCAUGCUCGACACUGCCGAGUACGCCGUUAAUCGGUUCAAUGAACACGGCAUCAACGCCUGGCGACACCGGAACUCUCCCACCGUUGUUUUCGACCGACCCUCGCAGGAAGUCUUCGACAGGUGGCAGAUUGCCCCCGAGGGCGACGUGGCCCACAUCAUCACCAUGCCCCCACGUGGACUUCCACACCAUCGACCGAUUGGUCGAGGACUGCAUCAGCCCGCAUUCCGAACCGCCGCGGGAACACGAUCUCCAGCCAGUGGAAACUGUCCUUCUGCCUCAAGAGCGGGAGACGGAGCGCGCUCACGCAACAACGAUGCAGCGCAUCGUGAUCAUGGCGGAAAACCGCAUCGGGACCGUUGCCCGGAUUGCCGGCACUCUGGCCGAGGGCGGAGUGAACCUCAACAGCAUCGCGACCGAGAAUGA